AUGGGCGAGCUGGCCGGGACCGCCGGGCAGAGGCUCAACGCCCCUGAAGUUUUCCGUGCGCCGGAGCAAAACUUUCCCCUGAUUGCGGCUUGUCAAGGCGCACCUACAGGGGCCGGAUUAAAAGCCGGCAACCCCCGGGCCUUUCAGGACAACUGCUGGGAACCGUGGAUGGCGCACAUUCCUGGCGCCUACAGGACAAGGAUAAUCCUGCCGGUCUUGACUGGCAUUAUGGAGAAACUGGGGCAGAGAGAGAUGUGGGAUGCCCUUGAUGUCGCCCUGGCUGAUAGAUAUCUGUCGGCUUGCAUCAGAGGCAGCCGGCCCAGGUCUGAGAUAAUGUCCAGACGGAAGAGCACCGGAGGAGAGCAGAAUCACAAAUGCGCGGGUGCACGCUCGCGGCGUCCCUGGCUCCGAGCCGAGAGUUGUGGGUCUUCACGAGACAGGCAGGCCUAUCCGUUUGUGGGCGUGCGGGAAGCGGUGGUCUUGGGUAGCACAAGCACGACGUCACGGGACAGAGGUCGCAGGAAAAAGCCUCAGGAUAACCUUUUGGCCCGAGCGCUGUUUGCUCAGGGUUUUCCAUCAGCUGCCGGCCCGAGCUGCACAAAACCGAUGCAUGAGAAAACUGGGCCCAUGCACAGCCCGGACAAGCCGGAGGCACUGCACAAGGAAAAGGGCUUGGAUUCUCCGAACGGCAGCCUGCACUUGAGUGACGCUGUCAAGGAGGAAGAGCUGAAGAAAUGUCACCGAGAAGUGGCUCCGAAUAAGUACAAUUCCCAGUACCACAAGUUAUUCAAGGACAUCCCCACCGAGGAGAGCGUGCUGAAAGUCUGCUCCUGCGCCCUCCAGAGAGACAUUCUCAUCCAAGGCCGGCUCUACAUUUCCCCAAACUGGCUCUGUUUCUAUGCAAACCUUUUUGGGAAAGAUAUCAAGGUGGUCAUUCCCGUCAUCUCUGUGCAACUGAUCAAAAAGCACAAAACGGCCCGGCUGUUGCCCAAUGGACUGGCCAUCACCACCAGCGCGAGCAGAAAGUACAUCUUUGUGUCCCUGAUUUCACGAGACAGCGUGUACGAUGUGCUGCGGAGAGUCUGCACCCACCUGCAGGUCUCGAGCAAAAAGAGUUUGAGCUUGAAAGAGCUGACGGAAGAGCCGGAUACGGUGUCGCUGGAGGUGAUUGUCCCCGAAGUGAAGUGGAGGAAGGGGUCGCCCGCGUCGCUCUCCCUGGCCCUCCCGGAUGCGGGCUUCCAGUGCAUCCACCGGGCUUCCAUCAGCAGCCUCAGCACCAAGGAGAGUUCGUGCAACUCAGAGGAGCCUCUGAUAUCAGAAAGUGCAAUAAACACCGAAGAGGAGGAGCUGGAGGUGGAGCAGAGCUACAGAGCCGAGCUGAGGCCCUCGGAUUACCAGUUGCUGAAAGUCUUCCUCGUGUUAAUCUGCCUCCUGGUGGUGUCAUCCUCCUACCUGGCGUUCCGCAUCUUCCGCCUGGAACAGCAGCUCUGCUCCUUGAAUCGGGAUUAUCUCUCCCGCGUGCCCCGGAGGUAG